CUUUACCAUCAGUACUAUCAUAUUAUAUUAUUAAAUUCUACGCUGACUCUCUAGCUUAACCAUAGUUAGUACUAUCUAACCACGGUUAGAGGUUGAUCAUUAUCCAUACCAACCACCAACCCAAUCAGUCGCUCUUCUUUUUAACUUUAUUAAUUAUUUAUAGUUAUUAUACGCUCCAAUCCAAAAGCCCACGAUUAAUCUGGGUGGGCUUAGUAGGCCCGGACCGGACCAGCCCGGCCCGGCCCAAAUUCUUGAUUUUUUUCAAAUUCAAAGAUUCCACCGCCCAUAUAUAGAAGUGCGAGUAGUAGUAGAGUAACGGUAAACUCAGAUUCCAAGCCUUCCCUUCUCUUCGUUUCUCCCUCCAGCUGCGUUUCACGGUCUUCUCUCUCGGCGACGGCAGCCCAUAGUCCGGCGACUCCGGCUGGUCUUCCUUCCACCUGUGCAAAAAGCAAAGCAAAGCUCUAAUGGAGAAUUGUGAGGUGGAGAAGUUGGACCCAGAGACGGAGUUCCUUCUCUCAAAGCAAGAGACUGGGAAUGAGUGGGAGCUCUUUAAGGAGAAUGUAAGGCCUUUGAAGAGAGGUCGAAACGUUGCUAUCUUGAACGAGGCUCUCAAGUCCCAGACCAGCAAUUUUCUCAAGAACUCCCUUCUUCACCAACGAAGGAAAUUGAUUGAGGCAAUUGAUGACUAUGCUGGAGAUGACCCUCUCCAUCCAUGGCUCCAGUGCAUUAAGUGGGUUCAGGAAGCAUUCCCUUCUGGUGGAGACAGUUCUGGACUGGUUGUGAUAUAUGAACAAUGUGUGCGCACCUUUUGGCAUUCAGACCGCUACAAGGAUGACCUCCGCUAUCUGAAAGUGUGGAUGGAAUACGCACAAAAUUGCAGUGAUGCUGAAAUCAUAUACAGUUUUCUUGACACAAAUGAAAUUGGGAAGACACAUGCUGCGUACUACAUAUCAUAUGCUUUUCAUAUGGAAUCCAAGAACAAAAUGAAAAUGGCCAAUGAUAUAUUUAAUCUUGGCAUAUCUAGGAAUGCCCAACCAAUAGAAACACUGAAGGAUGCAUAUAGGGAAUUUCUUAUGCGCUCAAUGAGAAGACCAAAAGCUAAUGAUGACACUGUGGAAAAAAACUUACCACUCCGAAGCUUUGGAACUGUCCUCUCUAGAGGAGAAAACAGAAUGAGGACCACAGAUAUUUCGAGUAAAAAAUUGAAGCAAGAUAGGGGUCAUUCGUCUCUUGUUAGCAUAUACAAAGAUCCAAGUGUUGUUGAUACCACUUUCCAUCACCCGCCUGAUAUAUCAAAGACCGACACAGCUUCUUGGCAGACUCUUGGAUCUCGAGCAGAGAGAAACAAAGAGAAUAAUGCCAAGCCAAGCAAGUGGAAAGCAUACAAGGUUCCUCAAAAGCCGGGAACCAUAGCUGGAGGAGGGUCAAGUGGCUGCAUUGAGGUUUUUGUAGAUGAAGAAUGUGAAAAAGAGAUGCCAAAAAACGAUGUUGAGAGUAGCAGCAGGUCUUUGAAUUUUCAACUUAGACAGGGAAAUGACCAAAACCUUAAAACGGAAACAGAACUGUUGAGGGAGAAUCCAUUGCGUAAUUUCCCUUCAAACAGCCUUCCGAGAUAAAAAUAGAAGAAGUUGUAUUUGAUGAUGAGAUGAGCUUUUCUCUCUAAAGCCAGCCAGCCCAGCCCCCCUUUGAGUCUGAGACCACUCUACUUGUACUUGUUUUCUUCGGAAAACUCUCAUUUCUGGAUAUGCUAUCACUUUUUAUAUAAUUAAUAUGUGGCUUGUUUUAUUGGCUUGCUUUAUUAACUCCUAUAUAUGUAAUGAGUUUAUCAUAAGCAAAAUAGUGUUAUUAUUAUU